CUCAAGCGUUACUCGACCAGCCCUACACCCUGGCGGUAAUUUCGCUUCUGUUUGAGCCUUUGAAGGGCAGUGGAGGCCUGCUGGCGCGUAGUUAGAGUCAGGUGUCGCAGCAUCUCUGUCGGCGUCAUGUCUGCGAGUCAGCCCAUCUCGGUCAAGUUCGAGGGCUCUGAGGACACUCUGACCAUAUCAGAGGCCGUGGCGCAGCAGUACACCUUCUUCCAAGCCGUAAGGAACCGAUCAUGGCACUGCAUGUGCUGCUGGGUGCAAGAUCUGACUGCCUUCGUGUGUGUGUUGUGCUCCAGUUGGUGGACGGCGGUUUCCAGGAGUCGGCUGAGCGGACAGUGACGCUCAAGGAAAUCUCUAGGCCAAUCGCUGCCGUCGUGCUGCAGACGAGGAAUGACAUGCUGAGAAGUGUCACGCGAGAGGUACGCGCUUCAAGCAAUAGAUAGAAGGAUGCCAUUCAUUCAUUCAUCUGUGUGGUGUGCGUAGACUAUGUUGGAGUGUUUGGCAGCCCUCGAUUUCCUGGACCCGAAAGACAAGCCCAAGCUGCUGGACGGAAUCAGCAAGAAGGUGAGUGGACACACACGGAAGGAGAGAGGGAGGGAGGGAGGGCAGGCAGACGUAGCAGUCGGUGUCGUGUGUUGUGUCUUCUGCAAUGUGUCAGAUCCUGCGGAACCGGUGGCAGGAAGAAGGGCGCCUCUGUCGCAGGAUACUGGACAUGGCCUUCAAGAGACCCCUCAUUCGGUAAGGAACGAACCUUUUUGACUGAUCCCUGCAAUGCAUGUGCAUGUCACUUGCCGCGUGUGUCGUCCCUCGAUUGAUUGAUUCAACAGGGAUCUGCUUAGCAGCAGCCCUGAGCUGACGCAAGCGUGUGCGCCCUACUUGGUGGAGAGUGGCAGCCGGGUGGCCGCGCAGUGGACGGCAACGGCAUCUGGCGAGGAGGGCAAUGAUGGCAGUAUGAGGGGCUUCGUUGUCGACGUGCUGCAGCGCCUGAAUAGUCUGAUCGAGGACGGCACGUGUGUGGUCAAGCUCGAUACCCUCAAGCGCUUCCUCACUGAGGCCACGGCCAGCACCAACUUCAACGAAGCGGUACACACACUUGGUUGGGGUGGGAUGUGUGGCCAGACGAACACAUGAGGGUGUCUGCAACAGGCAGCUGCGACAUUCGAGACGGAGAAGAUGGCCUUCGACUGUGAGAUUCGAGUGGCCAACCCCGGCCGCUCGACAACCACCGCGAAAGGCUUCACCGUGGGACUGCAGUCGUCUCCGGACUCAUGCAAGGGGUUGGGCAGGCACCGGAUAACCGAAGACCCAGAGGACGCCGACGACGACGAACCCAGCGAUGGCAAGCUCCUGAGGAAGGUCCGCCGCAUAGAGGUGUCUACUCUUCCGUCGAAGCGCCACAAUGAGGCCCUAUUCUGCUACUCGUUCCGCACGAGCUACUCCAUCGACUGUGGUGACGACAAGACGAUCAAUGAGGAGGACAAUAACAUUGCAAUGGACCACGUCGACCCUGAGACAGACGCAUCUAUGCACAUGUUCAGCCUCGGGGUGCUGGGCAGCGGAGAGCGUAUGGGCGUCACUCAUGUAUUUCCAUUCAAACACCACGAUGCAUUCAGUGACAGGGAGACGAAAACCAAGGACAUCCAGGCCACAGUGACGAUCCGCCAGCUUCCCAUGAGGUGCGUGGCUGUAGGACACUCCAUGGAUGAAUGGAUGGAUGGAUGGUGUGGUGUGAUGUGGUGGUGUUCAGGUGCCUCGUGCUGUACUGCCUGCGGCUGAUGAUCAUGGAGGGACACUGGGAUGACAUUCAGGCCAUGGGCAGCGCCAUUACGGACCAGGUAGCUGUAGUAUCGACAAGUGGCCUCACAAGACAGAAAUGCCACUUCCCUGGUCAUUCGCGCAGGUGUCUGCUUGUAUGGCUGCCUAUCUGGCCCGCGUCAAGGCGCCGGGUGUGUCUCCUCUGCGUGUGCUGACGUCAUGGCUAGCCGGGAGAGAGCCUAGCAUGCCCCUGCACGACUUCUCAUUUGCCCAAAUCUGCAGGGCGGCGGUCACUGAGGACGUCUUCAACGCCCACCGCAGUGAUGUUGUCCCCUUCAUUCGGACUGUGGGUCGCCUCGGCCCUCUGGGCAUGCUUGUCGAUCAUGCAGACGGCUUGAUGGCCACCAUCCUGGCGUCGAUCCUGGAGGACAGCGGGUGUGAUGCGGUGGGGGAGGGAGGGAGGCCACACAAAAGACGCAGGGUGGAGCUGUAGAGACGGAUAGACGGCGAGAUAGAGAGAGAGACCGAUAGAAGGUGACAACUGGCGUUUGUGAUUAGUGUGUAGAUAGACUCGUUGCUGAUCAGUAGAGACAGACAGAUUUAUGUGUCAGCUGAUUGGUAUCGCAAGUGUGCGUGGACAACUCACCGACACAUCAAUGGCU